AUGGUAACUGGGGAUGAGAAAUGGGUCACAUACGACAAUCUUGUGCGAAAACGAUUAUGGUCAAAGCGCGGUGAAACAGCUCAAACGGUGCCUAAACCAGGAUCUAACGGCCAGGAAGGUUCUGCUGUGCAUUUGCUAGUGAUUGACCAGAAAUGGCCAGAAUUAGCCAACAGAAGAGGUGUUGUGUUCCAUAAAAACAACGCCAGGCCACACAUGUUUGUAGUGACUCGCCAGAAACUCCGGGACCUUGGUUGGGAAGUUUUAAUGCAUCCACCAUAUAGUCUGGACCUGGCACCAAGUGAUUACCAUCUUUUUCUCGCAAUGCAAAAAUUCCUGACUGAUAAGAAAUCGGCAUCAAGAGAAGAUUGUGAAAAUCGAUUACUAGAGUUUUUUCCCAAUAAGGACCAAGACUUCUAUGAGAUAGGCAAUCCGAAACAUGUUAAAUAA